CCCAGCGGAUUAACGUCGUCCGCAUAUAAUGCCGUCCGCGUUGUCUUUUCCCCAUCUUUUAGCGCAGGAGGAGCCGCGAGAGAUUGAAGUGAGAUGCGGAGCGGUUGCAGCAUCUUCCUCUCGUCCCCGCUCUCAGCGUCCUUCUCUCGCCCCUCCCGCGACCGCAGCAGCCGCUCCCGCAGCGGCGGAGUAUGCAGGAAGCUUUCUAAUCUCACGACCAGCUUAAACUUCUCUGCAGCACUGCUAGCCUAUGCAGUUUCAGAUAGAUCUCAUAUCAGCUCCAGUUUAGGACACGACAAAGCAAAUCAGGGCAACACUGAAUUGUCAACAAACACCAUAAACCUCGAGCGAGAAGAAUUUGUUCCCUCAAGGCGUAGAUGUCUUGCAUGUUUAUGUGCAAGUCUUGCAUUAAUAAAUGUUUCAGGUUCUUCUAUUUGCACGCCAAAUGGGAAUGCCUUGGGCAUGAUGGAUCAGUCGCUUGGCAAAGGAAAUGCCGUGUGCCGAAAUUGUGGGGGAAGUGGUGCUAUUAUAUGUGACAUGUGUGGAGGCACAGGUAAAUGGAAAGCUCUCAACAGAAAGCGAGCAAAAGAUGUUUAUGAGUUUACCGAGUGUCCAAAUUGUUACGGUCGUGGAAAGCUGGUCUGCCCAGUUUGUUUAGGAACUGGCUUGCCCAACAACAAAGGACUUCUUCGGAGACCUGAAGCACGAAAGUUGCUUGACAAGAUGUACAAUGGAAGGCUAUUACCAGACUCCUAAACUACUUUGAAACUUGUCAAAUACUUGGGCACAAAAGAGGUUACCUCUUGUUACGUUCAAAAUCUUCUAUAGUUGAGCUUAAUGAAGGAACAUAACGUCAGUGAGAGAAUACCCAAAAUUUCGUCA